GAUUUCUAAGAUGGCGGACCGGCGACGGCGAAGGAGGCGCGCAUCCCAGGAUAGCGAGGAGGACGAUGAAUCUGGUUCGGGAUCGGAACGUGGAAAGUCCCUUUCGCCAACGACAAAGCCCCGAGUACGGGAUCCUGAGCCAGUUGAGGCACCAGCUGUUCGUGUGGUGCCGAAAAACGAUGCUGAAUCCGAGUGUGAAAGUGAAGAUGGCGUAGGAGAAGCUGUCCUUUCUGACUAUGAAAGUGCAGAUCCUGAGGAGAAUGCCUCACAUUCAGAGGGAGGUGAGGAGGAAGAGGAGGAGGAGGAGGUCCCUCCAACGGCUGCUGGGCCCAAACCCAGUCCUACUGCCGACACCCCUGUUGCAGAGGGGGAGCUGCAGGAAGGAGGGGGGAAGGUAGAGGAGGGUGAGAAAGGUUUGAGUAAAGAAGUGAAGUGUGAAGAUAAAGGCAACUUGGCAGGGGAGAGGCAAAGCGGGGAUGGACAGGAAAGCACAGAAGACUCUGAGAAUAAAGGCGCUAAACCAGGCCAGAAGCUGGAUGAUGACCAGGAUCGUAAUAACCCAGCCUAUAUCCCCCGUAAGGGAAUGUUCUUUGAGCACGACGUCAGAGGAAACGCACAGGAGGAGGAACGGCCGAAGGGUCGUAACAGGAAGCUGUGGAAGGAUGAGGGUUGCUGGGAACACGAUAGGUUCAGGGAGGAGGAGCAGGCGCCCAAGUCACGUGAGGAGCUGGUGGCAAUCUACGGCUAUGACAUCCGUAACGGAGGUGUCUCCAAUGAGCGGUCCUACAGACAGCGCAAGCCCAGACACAGCACCUCUCCAGUCCGGGACAAGCGCUGGCGGGACGGAGACGGGGAGAGGCCCAUCCAUACCUCCUGGCAGCAGGGAGGGAACCCCAACAGCCGUAGCACUCCCCUAGCCGUGGCCCUGCAGCAGUCUGGUCCUCCCCCCUCAGCAGCCCCCAACACCCAGCGCAACAACAACCCCCCCAGGCCCUCCUCCCACCCCCCACCCCGGGGCUUCCAGGGCAACCGCCCCCAGGCCCAGUACAGGAAUGACAGAAACCAGGAGUCUCAACGACCAGGCCCCAAGGCCGAGCCCCUUCAGACCCGGAGCCUACCGCCCAUGGACGGGGAACGAGGUCCCAGGGGCCGGGGGAACAGAGGGGCCCAUACGGAGCGCAGCUCUUCGGUAGUGGUGGAAGAGAUCCGCAGCGAGGAGGAUGACGAGCGCAACACAACAGUAACAACGUCUCAGUCAGUCUACCACAAUCGCCACUACAGUGGCAAGGGAGAUCGAGAAAGGGACUCUGCGCCACGGCGACAGGAGCAGCAGCGAGGGGGAUCUGCUCCUCCGGCAGACAACCCGGUUACCCGCGAUGCCUCCCCGGCUCCGGAGCGGCCCGUGGAAAAGAAGUCGUACUCCCUAGCCAGGAGGACUCGCACCCGGGCCACUGAGCUGGACAAGCAGGCCUCUCUUGAGGAGGCUGCCCCCACCGUGUCUUCCUCGGCACUGGCGAGUGAGCCGUGGCAGGGCCCCAGUCAGAGCCAGGGGGAUGCUGGAGACAGUAGCCAGGCGACGGUACUCACAGGGCUGGACCAGGACCUGGCCAGACUAAGCCUGGCUGGACAGAACUGGGCCCAGAACCCAACUUCGUUUCUACGCGCUGAGAUGAGGGGCAUCCCUAACUCUAUGCACAUGGGUGGAGCACCUCCACAAUACAGUAACAUAGAAGAGCUGGGAGCUGGAAACCGGGCAAAGCGGUACUCGUCCCAGCGCCAGAGGCCAAGCCCGGAGCCCGCUCCUCCUAUGCACAUAGGGGUCAUGGAAAGCCACUACUACGAGCCCAUGUCUUACCAAGGACCAAUCUAUGCCCACGGCGACAGCCCCGCCCCCCUCCCACCCCAGGGUAUGCUGGUCCAGCCUGAGAUGCACCUCCCCCAUCCAGGACACCCAGGUCUACAUCCCCACCAGUCAAGUGGCCCCAUGCCCAACCCGGCUCUCUACGCUGCUCCCCCCGUCUCAAUGUCCCCUGGGCAGCCCCCUCCACAGCAGCUGCUGGCCCCGCCUUUCUACCCUCCGCCAGGUGUCAUGACCUUUGGGAGCACCAACUACCCCUACCCGGCAGGAGCCACCCUGCCCCCCAUGUACAACCCGCCGGCCCAGUCGCAGGUGUACGGCCAGUCGCAGGUGUACGGUGGGGUGACGUACUACGAUCCAAUGCAGCAGCAAGCCCAGCCCAAACCCUCGCCUCCCCGGCGCUCCUCCCAGCCCGUCACCGUCAAACCUCCCCCACCAGAGGUAGGGUACGGCCCGGAGUGAGCCCCAAACCCCCAGCGACCCAACAACCGGACCGGAGUGGGAAGGCCAGUCAGGAGGUCAGAUCCGAGCACGGCGUUCCGAAUGGCUACGCCAGUUGGAAGAGAGCGAUAGACAUGGAGACGGAGUCUGCAAUCGAGGACCAGCACCACAUGUGGAGCGGAUUAGUUUAUUUGUAUUUUUAUGUUAUCUGGGAUAUUAUCCGCCUUAUGUUCAGGUGCCACAUUGGUUGGUUGCCCACAAUACUGAAGGGUUGUUGUUUUGGUUCACCUACCAGUGUUUUGCCUCUAAGGGGAGUGCGGUCGUAAAAACCCUAUAAAACGUAACCAUAUAAAACCGUUAACGAAAGCCCUCAAUAACAACUCCUCUGUAAACAUUACGUGACACCCGACACCAAUGACAUUCGUAGAUAUUUGUUCCUUCUAACAUCUGUCGUUCAACUGUAGGAAUAUUCAUGCAAAAGAUGUGUUUUUAAGCUCGAACAAAUGUUUAGGACUGGCUUAAAUGUGUCAUGUGAGUAUUAUGGAGAGAAUCUAACUGGGAUAGUUGGUCAUUUAGAUGGGUUAGCUAGAGUUGUUUGUCCCACCCACCACAAUCCUGCUCAUUUUCUAGCUAACAUUUACACUCCCCUACGUAUUUAUUUGAACAGUGGAGCAAAACUUUGAAUGUCCCUUUUACUCCAGCAUUUUGGAUUUGAGGUCAAAUGUUUCAUACGAGGCGAUGGUACAGAAUGUCUUUUUUUAUUUUUUUAUUUUAUAUUUUAUUUGAGCUUCUUUUUUUAUUAUUUUUUUAGAAAUUAACGCCAAACAUUUUGAAGAUGUCAUAAAUAUUUGGAUAAAUUCACUUGUGUGUUAAAGUAGUCAAGUUUCUGAACACCUCUACAUUAAUGUGGAUACUACCUUGAUUACAGAUACUCAUGAAUGAAUCUUGAAUAAUGAUGAGUGAGAGUUUGAGCCACAAAGAUCUCGCUAACCUCUCACCAUUGCCGAUAAGUUGUUAGUAUUUUUGGGGUGGUUAUAUGUAUGCCUCUUAACUUUCUUACUCGUAAUUAUUUACGAUUUAUUUGUGAUUAUCCGUAGUCAUGGAGACAUCCUUAUUAAUGUUCUAAAACAUUCUACUUUUAUUUACAAUACGCGACUCCCAAAAUGACAAUACUUUAUUUACCAUUCAUUUCUAUUGGGCACAACAUAAUCUGAAACACAACCAAAACAAUCUGUGAAUGCAUCCAAAUUUGUAGUUUAACAAGCUUGAUGUCAUUGCGUGCAAUGAAUAUGGGACCAAGUACUACACUUGACUACUUUAAAAUACAAAGUGAAUUUGUCCAAAUACUUAUGACACCUUCAACUGGGGGAUAGUAGAUGCAUAAAGUGCUUUCAUUUCGAAACAUAACAGAUUUGUAUGGAAGUACUUUCCAAUUAAUGGUGACAUUCUUUAGUCACCGUAUAAAACAUUUAGAUCUCAAAUAAAGAUGCUGCAGUAUAGAGCCGAAUUGGGGGGGGGGGGGUGUUGCUUCACUGUCCAAAUAAAUACGUAGUGUCCCAUUUUCAUCUCGUAAAAACAGCAUCGUAGGUCUUAGUUUUUAUUUUAUGGUUUCGAGUCUUGUGAACGCACACUCUUUAGAUAAAGAUGAAAAGCUAUAUACAGAUGGUGCUUACUUAUAGCUAGUACCCUACAAUUUCAACUUAUUUUCGAGUUCUCUUUAUACCUUCCACAUUGCCCAGUUUCUUUUAGUUAUUUACGUAAUUUACUGUAUUACCAGAGAACCAUUUAACCUGGCCUGAAACUGAUGUACUUGACAGUGCUACUGCUUUCUAAUGUAUGUAUAUAUAGAUAAAUGUAUAUUAAAGCCUGUGGUUUAAAUAAGCAGAAAUACUACCACCUUGUUAUCAAAUACAUGGUUAUGAAUGGAUAAAACUUUUUUUUUUUUACGAGGCUAACUCUUGCUUUUGAAAUGAAAUGGUUGUUUGGAAGUUUGCCGUUUCCAUUUUUCCCCCUCUGAGACCUUUUGUGAAAGUGGAGAGACUGGUGAGGCCACUCUACCACUAAAAUGGAUAUGAUUUGUCUGUUUGCAGAACGUACUGCUGAUCCCAAAUGAUUUUCCCUCAACAUUCUGUUAACUUAGGCUUUCGCCAGGCAGCCAAAUUCUGAAUGUUUUCCACAAUCUGAUAUUUUUCAGAUCUGAUUGGUCAAAAGACCAGUUAGUGUGGGGGGUCAGAAUGGGCUGUCUGUCUAAAAGCAGCCAAAUAAACCUAACAUACAUGCAUGUUAUACAUACUUAGAUAUGAUUGUGAAAGUAAUUCAGUUGGUGCUGGUGGCUGCACACUGUUAUAGUGAGUCUGCCCAAAAAGGGUAAGUUAUUGAUGCAACUUUAAAUGAGCUUUUUUUUUUUUUUUACCCUCCUGUAUCAGUAUAAACUGAAUUGAGUUGUAAUUCAAAGUUUUUUUGUUUAGAAAUGGCUGAUAAGAACGUUUUAAAUGUUUUAUUUUCUUUGCCUUAAGGAUAAAUUGGUUUGACAUGUUUAAUUUGACUAGACCUGCCAACACUGUGAGGGCUUGUUUGUUUCAUAGAUGUUUGAAUAUAUAUACACAUUUUCUUGAUUGUGGAGCAAGUUUUGUUUAGACUGAGGAACAUUAAACAGAAUCUAGGAAAAA